AGUCCGUUUUGUCUACUAGUAAGGGCCGUAUUGGAAGGUAGAGCAAAUAUAUUAGGUGUAUUGAAGAGUAGUUGUGGCACGCACCAGGGGCAUUCAUACAAGUACAUGUCUUUCCAGAGUUUUUGACAAGAAUACUGUGUUCCUUUUUCUCCUCCUCUUGGCUUGGAAUCACAGUUCUUUGUUUUUCAUAACAGAAAAAUAGCAAUGGAGGGAUUGAAGGUGUUCACACUUAAGCAGGUCUCUGCUCACAAAACCAAGGAGGACUGCUGGUUUGUCAUUGAUGGAAAGGUAUAUGAUGUGACGAAGUUUCUGGAAGAGCAUCCAGGUGGGGAGGAGGUUCUCGUAGAGGCUUCAGGAAGAGAUGCAACUCAAGAUUUUGAAGAUAUUGGCCACAGUCAAGCAGCUAAAGAAAUGAUGGAUACUUACCUGGUUGGAGUUCUUGAUGGCUUUAAAGGUGAUAUUGCUCCUAUCAAGAAAGUGCAAACUACGACUACGAAGCAAGAAAAGACUCCUUUCAAAGAAAUUCCAGCUUCUAUUAUCAAGGAUGACGAGCCUGGUGCAUUCAUGAAAUUGCUUCAAUUUCUAGUACCCUUGCUUAUUGUGGGUGUUGCCUUCGGAAUUAGAACUUUCCUAAAGGAGCCUCAACCAUCUCAACCAUCUUUAUAAAAAUAUGCAACCAUCUCAACCAUCUUCAUAAAAAUAUGCAUUUACAUAGAGAACUCAUGGUUGAGUGCUUAUUUGAAUAGUACUUGUAAUGCAUGUAGGUUGCAGUUUAGAAUUUUUGUUUAGUGGAGAUCCGUUGACUUUUGGCUAGGAAUUUCGUCUUUUUUUUUUAAUAUGAAGGAUUUUGUAAUCCUUGUGAUAUGCAAGGAGUUUGGAAUCUAGAGCAGUUAUAAUAAAUUGUUGCUGAAGGUGUUUGACUGUCAA